GCCCAGCUGACGCAGGUACCGAAUGCAGGCGCGCAAACUAAAGACAGACGUCUAUGCAGACGCCCUGUUCGAUCAAGUUUAGUGCGCUUAGACGAAAUCGCGCUUUUAUGUUAAGUCGUACGAAUUUUAAACGUGUGACUGUUUUUGAUGGCUGACCGCACGCCUAGAUGACAUGGAGUGUCAAAAUAGAGCGCGAAAGGCAAGCUUGCCUGCCCGGUUUGAGAAUUUCUACCUUGAAGAUGACUCCAGUGACGUGGCUGCCGAAGAAGAGUGUAGCAGUAGUGCAACGCUGCGAAAUGAAGCGGAAGAUGUUGCCAUUACCCAACCGUCAAUGCCCGCAGUGCACAAGGCCACACGUGGGAGGAAGUUCCCCUGCCAGAAGUGUGGCCGGUGCUUUGACUCUAGGCUGAAGAGGAUGAAACACCAGUUCACGCACACAGGGGCUGCAAGUAGCGCCUCAUCCCUGGACUGUGCCAAGUGCCAGCGGACAUUCUCGAGCAGGCUCGCUCUAGUCGAGCAUCAAGCAUGGCACGAGAGCCGGAUGCUCUACUCUUGCCCCACCUGUGGCCGGCAGUUUCGGCAGAACACUGGUCUGUGGCGCCACCUGAGGACACACAAACCGGACGCACCUAAGCAGCGCUACCCUUGCCCCCAGUGUGGCAAGGACUUUGCCAGACCCUACUACUUGAAGGCACACCUGGCCUCCCACGACGAGUCGUGCAAGAGCCGCUUUGUGUGCGACAUCUGCCAGCGAAGUUUUUUCCAGAGGUCAGAUCUCAGCCGCCACCAGCAGACGCACAACAGUGAGCGGCGCUUCGAGUGCAGCAUCUGCAAACGAGGGUUUUUGAAUCUUUCAAGCUUCAAGCGGCACGAAAAAGAGCAUGACUCAGCGCAGGGGACACCCUGUCCCGAGUGCGGAGCCACGUUCAAGCGGCCCUACCAGCUGAAGGAGCAUGUAGUGAGAUACCAUGGUGAUGCGGCACUUUUGAAGCUGCUCGCACUGAAAAAGAGGUUCAACCGGAGUGCAAGUGCACUCAAAAUCGACAGAAAGCAGACCUCAAAGCCUCUGUUACAACAUCACGCCGACAACGUACUACAAAGGAAUGGCCAUAACACCAUAGGUGGUGUGCAAGGUCGCCUUGAAGGUGAGAAAGAUUAUCUCCUGAGGGAAAGGUUGACAGCUCGUGUUGAUGUAGCGCCCGCAAGUGACUUGCAGAUCUGCGACAGGCCAGAAAUUAACAAGUACCCAAGUCGGCUUCAAGAGCAGCAUACGAGCAGUGGCAAGGCGACAACGGCAUCUAGUUCUAGCGGCGUACCACUGGGAGGCGGUACAACACUAUCUGAGAAGCCCACUGAACAGGCACUGACAGAAGUUGGAAGCAAUCCAGCUAGCUUGCCAACGCUGCAGGGCAACGGUUGUGCAGAAACAGGGCCUGUAGACCAAGGAGACAUCCUUCAGCGCUCACUCAGGGUUCUGCCGAUAGAAUGCAUACAAGGUGAUCUCGGCGGUGGUCUAGGCACCGAGCCUGAAACCAAUUUUGUGAGUCAUCCCGACUUUGGAAGCCAGGCUUACUACGACUGGCUGUCGGGCUUCACGUCUGCCUGCAACCUUUCCACGCUGCCUCUCGACGCGGAGAUGUUCAUAAAAGUGACCCAAGUGCUUAAGACCAUCAGUGAUGCUCUCGCGACACCAUCUGGCGUGCUCACCUGUCGUGAGAACUUCAGAGUCUUGCUUGGCAUCUUGGAGGACCUUCAAAGAGUUGUUGGAAGCCACCUCAACUUUGUGCUUGAAACAUUGCAGCCAUCGCUGCCAACAUAAGUGUCAACCAUAGUGCCUGUGCAUCGCAACUGCCAGAGUAGUGACAUUAGCACCUGUGCCGACAUUGCAUUGGGGCUUAAAAGAACCGUGUUCUUGACUCUUCAUAAUCACUGUUGCAAGCAAGGCUGACAUAAUGCUGUCUUUAAUUUUCAUACGCUUAUCCUUUCAUUUUCUCAACUCAAAGCACAGCUUGCGCCCUUCAAGCUUUGUCUUUGUCAAAUGGGCCUUCACACAUCUACCUCAUUUGACGACUUCGCACAGCAAAAUGAGCAGACUUUGGAAGAGAGCUUUCAUUCCUUAACGGGUGCAUCUAGUCAAGAAAUCAUUGUUGGGCACUUCAAGAUGUAAGCAAAACUGAAAUCGAAAACCCAUGCAAGUUGUACGAUGUCACCUAGCAAGUGGCUGAUCUCUUGCUCGUGUGUUGACCACACGCUACUAUAAAUAUUGUUGCCAGCUCAGCGGUGUGCUGGCCUCUUGUUGGUGUUUGUUAUGUUGGUUAAAGCUUUUGCCAAUGUAUAUGUUCAAUAAACUUCCACCAGUUACUUUUUCA